GUGGUAAUUACGAUCGAUGCGGGCUUAAUCACGCCCCCUACCGGAGCUGCGGGAAGUCUUUUGUAAUCAUAAUAUUCCCUUGGUUGACUGGAGCUGUCAAUGAGCCAGCCAGUAGCUGGCAUAAACAAAAUAAGACUGGCGCUUGCCAUAUGCUUGUAGCAUUGCCGGUGCAUUAUUAAUUAUGUGGCGAUGGUUAUAAGGAUAACUAGUAGUACGGUUAUUUCUUCUUGAAUUAAAGCAGUCACUCCCAGACGUGUCACAAUAGCGGCAGUAGACAGACUAAGGUGUGAGCUCUCGUCAGAGACAAUCUCCUAACAACUUACCUGUAUUUUGGGAUCACACAUCUGUGAGGUUUUCGCCUAGAACAGUGGGGAAUGUGCAAGCACUGUUAACUUUCUACAUAUUCUGACAUUAAAUUUGAAGGAUGAGCGAACCGACAGAAUUCUCGGAAGAAAACAAUGUCAGUGCGGGGUCGCCCACCAGCAAGGCGGAAGACACCCCGAGGCCACAGAGCGCUGAAAAUGAGGCCGGCCCCAUGUCCCCAGCGUCCAGUUGCGCCAGUCCCCCGGCCCCGAUCAAAGUCUCAACCAGCCGCACCCCCAUCAACAACAGCCUCCACUACCCGCGCCAGAACCAUGUCAGCAACGUCAUGCUGGUAGGCAUCCCAAUAGUAUCUCUGUACAUUGAUGGCAAAGAGCGUCUAUGUCUUGCCCAGAUUUCCAACACCCACCUCAAGAGUUAUUCAUACAAUGAGAUUCACAACCGCCGUGUGGCCUUGGGCAUUACUUGUGUGCAGUGUACCCCAGUUCAGCUCGAGAUCCUCCGAAGGGCUGGGGCUAUGCCGGUGUCAUCUCGUCGCUGUGGCAUGAUCACCAAGAGAGAGGCUGAGAGACUUGUCAAGUCCUUCUUGGAGGACAACACCCCGCCCAAGCUGCCGGAAGACUUCAGCUUUGAUGUGCAACAUGAUUGUGGUUGGGGAUGCCGUGGCUUCUUCGAGCCAUCGCGCUAUAACAGCUCCCGUGCAAAGUGCAUCAAAUGUAGAUUCUGUAAUAUAUAUUUCUCCCCAAAUAAAUUCAUAUUUCAUUUUCAUCGUGCACCUGACGCCAAGUACAAUCACCCGGAUGCAGCAAACUUCAACUCGUGGAGGCGUCACUUGAAGCUGACGGAGGGAGCUGCUGACGAUACAACGUUUCUGUGGGAAGACGUCAAAGCCAUGUUCAAUGGCGGGAGCCGCAAACGUGUUCUCUCGGCCUCCCUGGCGAGUGCGUCCUCCAGUAACUCUGCAACCAAAAAGGCAAAGAUGCCCACAGACACUUCGUACAUGGCGGCCAAACCGUACACUAACCAGUAUCAGUCAUUCGGCAUGUUCUCUCCCCACAGUAAGCAAUACCAAUAUGGCCCUGUGAACAAUUCCUACGGGUAUUCCCAACCAGCCCAUAACAAGGAAUCUAGUGAGCCUCACAAGUCAGUCAUGUCCCCAGCUCCCUGGGCGGCACAAAACAAUGUUGGUUUUCCCUCUUAUGAUUUGUUUUGGGCGAAUACUCUUGCUUUAUCACGAUCUGGGGCAAUACGGAAUGGGUACUAUUCCAACAUGUCCAAACACAUGCUAACAGACUCUUAUGCACGCGCAGCUGGACAAUCGGAUAAGAAACUUUCAAAAGAUGAAGAAAUGAAUGACAACAAGGCCCACACUGAUCGACUCUCAGCUUUCAGACCUGUAGGUCGUACUGCGCAUGUGCAAUCAGGUGACCAAUCAGGAUCCGAGCGAGCGGAGAGCUGUGCGAGUCCCGAUGAUGAAGAGAAUGAGGAGAUUGACGUCACGUAUGACACCGAUGAUGAUGAACAUUUGAGUGGAUCAGAUGAUGACGUCACAAAGACAGAUUGUGACAUCUCCAAAGAUGCGUGUGAUGACGUGGCAACGGGGGAAAGUCAGGAAAUCACAGAGGACAAACCAGAGAAUGUUGAUCCCCAAAAGGUAGAACAAGAAGAAACAAACAAUAAUAAAGGAGAGGCGCAGGCUGUGAUCGAAGACGGUGCCGAGAGGACAAUGGCUGACUCAGGUAUGUCAGAUCAAUCUGACUGUGAGACUGAGAAGGAGAUGGUUAAUUUCACUAAAGAAGAGCUUUAUGAGUAUUGGAAGAAAGAAACAGACAACCGCAGGAGAGUAGAGAAGGAAGUGUCUGCCAUGAGAGAGACGUACAGUGAGCAAGUCAGUCGGGAGAAGUCGUACCGAGACGAGAUGGCGCACCAGCUUCAGGUUGUCAGAGAUACUCUCACCACGGAAUUGGAGCAGGAAAGGAAGGUUCGCUUCGCACUCCAGCAGAAACUGAAAGAGGCGCACGAUGCCCUCCACAGUUUCUCCUGCAAGAUGCUCGCAUCCCGACAGUGCGACGAGUGCACGUACAAGGAGUCCCCUUUGCCCCGCUAACAACCCCCUUGUCUGACGGGGACGGCUGGAACAUCACCUACAUCGUCCUCGCAGGUUACUACAACUAUCUGAUUCAACGCCUGACCAUCAGCAUUUUUAAUCAGCUGAUGUGGACAACCCCUUUCCGCAUCCUGUGUUAAUAGCGACUACGGACAACGGUGCUUUCAGCCAGUGUGUGUCCGAUGUUAUUUAAUCAUGUAUGACCACGGGAUCACAUGCAAGCCUCUAAUAACGCACAUAUGUAGUUUCGUCUUUCUUGUAAUGCAUAAAGUUUAAUGCGAUAGCAGGAUAGCCCACACCGAUUGCGUUAUGUGACGAUAAAUCUUAUUAAUAUCGAUGUUAUUUGUACAUAGCCCCUGUAUAAGUGCUAUAACGUCGUCCCAUGUAUAUUAUGUCAUAUUUAUUGUAAAUGUUAAUAUAUUACUAAUGUACAUAUAGCUGUUGUAGCUGUUGUAAGCAUGUCAGGUUGCUCUGGUGUACAUACGAUCGGAGGAGGCGCUCUUGUAACAGACAAUCUUUGUUGAUGUAAAAUGAAUAGAUUUAAUAAAUACUUAACCUAUAUACAAUCCAA